AUGCAGUUCACAACCCUCCUCCUCAGCACCCUCCUCACCACCACCACCACCCUCGCAGCCCCCACCCCCGCCACCGCCUCCAAGUCCGCCGUAGCCGACGUCCCGCAAUGGACCCUCGAGGCCUUCCAGCGCGUGUGCGACGCCGCCGACACAAGCUGCACCUGGUCCUUCACGAUCAACACGCACCUCGCCGGCGCCGCCAGCACGCCCUGCUCCUUCGUCGUCAAGGCGGGCGCCAAGCCCGCGAGCCACACCGACUCCGCCGGCAACGCCUGCGGCAAGUACACCGUGGGCAGCGGCUGGAGCGACCAGUUCGGUCCCGAGAACGGCUUCACCACCCUCAGCCUCGUCGACAACGAGCAGAAGCUCAUCACCUGGCCCUCCUACACCGAUAAGGCGCUUGCCGGUGGCGCGCCCGUCACCCCCGACUUGAGCUGGCCUCCUACCCAGCUUACCUUCUAG